CUGAGUUACAAUAACAUUUUCAACAUCGACGUAUUUCAGAGCACUAUUUGAAUUUUUCUGCGUGUUGGGAGAAUAUGAAUACAACUGGGUUAGAAAAUGCCACUCAAGAAAAUGGGACAAUAGCAAAUCUAGAGUUCAAUUUGGACUCAGUGGUCACCAACACGGCUUUGUUCUUUUUGGCUGUUAUACCUAUUUAUAUCGGUUCUUUCCGAUCAUUAAGGUGUAAGAAGAGUACUGAUAAAGAGAAAUCAGUUGAGGUUGUUACGGCAAAAGAUGCAGCGAUGUUUCCUUUCAUUGCUAGUGCAGCACUCUUCGGCAUGUACGUUGUAUUCAAGUUUGUCCCAAUGCAGUACAUCAACUACGUUCUGAAAUUACAUUUCUCCUUUAUGGGUACAUGUGCAAUGUCCCGUUUUUUAUCGCCAAUCUUUCGACCGUACAUGCCGAAUUGUAUCCAAAAUAAUUGCUACAAGCUGGAAUUUUCUAAGAGCUCGGAAAGCACAGAGAAUGGUUCGAAUUCAGAGUGGAAACUUAUAGAUCGUUCUGUGUUAUCAAUAGAAACAAAAGAUUUCCUAGGUACAGGUGUAGCUCUUUUACUCGGAAUUUGGUAUUUCAUGUCUGGGCAUUGGGUGGCAAAUAAUUUUGUAGCAGUGACAAUAGCGAUUUUAGCUAUUGAAUUUAUUAGACUGAAUAAGUUUUCAAACGGGAUUUUAUUACUUUGUGGAUUGUUCAUAUACGACAUAUUUUGGGUCUUUGGAACUGGUGUCAUGGUAGCUGUUGCCAAGAAUUUGGAUGCUCCAAUUAAAGUUAUCUUCCCACGUGAUUUCCUUAUGCACGGAUUUUAUGGAAAACAGUUGGCUUUGCUCGGUCUGGGUGAUAUAGUUGUCCCAGGGGUAUUUAUUGCUUUGCUUCUUCGUUUCGAUACAAAAUCACUGGUGGUGUUGUGGAGCAAACAUUUUACUAUUGGACAUUCCCGAUUGAAUAAAGUAUCAUCAACCCUCACACAAUAUUUUGGUUCAUACCCAAAGUCAAAAUUUCCAAGCCUUCAUCGUCCUAGUGAAUACUGUCUUUCUUCAAGUGUCAGGUUGUAGGGAUUUGAUUUACUUCAAGUUGAAUCACAAACUUACAUCAAUCAGAGAACCGUUGUACAAUAGGGAGCGCCGGAUAGCUGUUUCCUCCUAGUUUGAGACAUCUUAGCAGUACGCAUCCAUGACUCAAACAAGGAUGAAGUCCAGAACCUUCAUGUUACGAGGUGAGCACAAUAGAUUCCAUCCCAGUGGCUAAAAUUUCAAUGUCUCAUGAAUCCGAAUUUCUAUCCAUUCAUGGUACAUGUUCCCACCGCUAGUCAACGUUACACCUUAUAUUUGGUGGAUCUUACUGGUCACCAAUUCUAGCUAAAAACUCGUCGCAUAGUCAGUCAUCAGUGAGCAGUAGAUUCUUUCCUUUUUUCAUUUAUGGUUCAGUGGUUCGCUAAUUGCUGGUCAGUUCAUAAUCAAAUUUGAAAUAUGUAUUGUCUUUGACAUUAUCUUCAUAUAAUCUAAACCAAGUAUGCAUUCCUUUUUUCUUAUAGACUUGGACGUAAAAAUAGUUGUGCUUACUUUUACUGCGGAUAUAUUGCUUAUAUUGUCGCUAUUAUCACGACUUUUGUAAUGAUGCAUGUUUUUAAACAUGCUCAACCAGCAUUACUUUACUUGGUCCCAGCGUGUUUAGGUGCACCAUUACUUAUGGCUCUGGUGAAAAAUGAUAUCCCUGCUAUGUUAAGUUAUGAAGAUGAACCAGAACCUGAAAAAACCAAUGAAGCUGAUAAUUCAGUCUCAUCUGACGACAAGAAGAUAAAUUAGUCAUCCUUCCUACUGACGUCGAAUUUGCAUCAUUUAAAAAAAGACUGACAUAUUAAAAAAAAAGAGAAGACAUAAAAAGGAAGAGAAGAAAGAAACUUACUUCAAUUCCCUUUUGUGUAAUAAAUAUGCUAAGUAAUGGAUUUUCUGACUACGCAUUCUCAUCUCUUCUGUCUGUGUAAAUGUGUUGUUUGUUGGUGUUGUUUCCUUUUUUGAAUUUUUGUAAAAUUUUCAACUUUUAUUUGACAUAAUUUCUCCAGAGACAAUGCUUAUAUCUUUCUGCCUUUAUCGUAUUAUCAUGAGUGUAUUUUGUUUGAAGUAAAUUUUAAAGAUCGUCAUCGCUAUAUGUUAUAACAUACAAUAUAUGCACUUUUUCAAGGAUUAUUGUUAUUAUUAUUCUUUACUUGGGUUCGGAGUGGCACAUAAGGCUUCAACAGUACUUCGCUAUUUCAUCCUCUGUAUUUGGCUGCGCAAUGGGACGUUAGAUUUCAUUUUCUCCUUAUACUAUCUAUCUACUUCAUGUGUCACCCUCAGACACCCAACUCAUAGUUUUCCAUCCGCGUUCAACUCUGGGCGUGAUGUCACGCAAUGGUUUCCUCAGCAUAUGUCCGGACUAUUUCCAUUUCCUUCUGCC